CACCUGGCUUAAACAUCCCGCCCAUCACCUUGUUUGGUAACCACGCCACCUCGGAGCCCUGGAGAACGAAACUGGAGUGUGAUCUCGAACUGCAGUGAGCACCCGACAUCUCUGUGCGCCGCUUUGUAUCUUUCACCUCAUCAUCGUCUGCCCGGACCACUCGAGUCGUCACCCAACCAGAACCCGCAAGUCUUUGUUUUAUCAACACUACUCCGCGAUUCCCUGAUUCGGCCUUGAAUCCCAGUCUCCUCACUGCGCGUUUCCACCAACUCAUAGUAUUCUGGAUUUGUCGCUCCUCCUUCGCGCGGCAUGGCGGGCCCCAUCAGCGACGCCGACUUCGCGACCCCAUCCUACCUCCAAGCAUUCCGGUCCGUCUCGUCCAUAAGUAAGAUCGAUGAAGGAUACUCGGAGGAUACCAGAAGCCAGAGCGGGAGCGAUCUGGUUCUGAGGAUGGAUACCAGGUUAGGCGACGGCGAGGAUGUCGGGAUGGACACCCAUUAUCCUCUGCCCGAAUGGGUCCUGAAUAUGAGCGAAAGCGACCGGAGCGAGUUCGCGUAUGCUAUCCUUCGUUCCCUGCGCACGUCGUCAAUAGCAGGCAUAGUAGAGAAACUGAACCCCCUUCUACACCUCGACCCGGUCUUACACCUCCCUCCGGAGAUAACCUUCCAUAUCUUCUCAUAUCUUAGUCCCGAGACGCUGUUGCGCGCCUCCACAUUAUCCAAGGCCUGGCGGGCGCGGGUCAUGGACAGUCCUCUCUGGAGGCUGCUCUUCCGCUUGGAGGGCUGGAAUUCCGACUUCGCCCAAGUGCGCGCUUUUGAAGAGGCUGAGAGAGUACGGCGAGCGAAUCUGAAGGAAAAGAAGACCAGGCCACGGACCACCGAAGAUACCGACUCCGACAAGCCCUCAACCAAGAAGCGGCAUUGCCAAAAGCCUUCAUUACUGGAGAGAACCGAGACGGACAGCAGCGUAAGGGCGAGGAUGGAACCCAUGUCUCUCGAUGGCUCCAGUGACGGCCCUCCCAACUGGGCUGAGCAGCAUCAUGCCGUGGAGGCGGAUGAAGGUCCAUCAAAAGCGGAUGAUGCCAUGGAAGGCGUUACCUAUGUGUCCGAACCAACCGGAGGUGUUCCACUAUCGCCAUUGGAAAGCAUACGUCGAAAGAAGACGACGACGGAGAUCGAUGAGGAUGUAGCCGCAACAACUCCAGUGAUAUCAGAUGCCCUUGAUCCUCCUGUCCGCCCAACCUUAUUCCUUCCCUCGAGCACGGAGCCCAAAAUCAACUGGCAAUACCUAUAUAAGCAAAAGAGACGCUUAGAAGAAAAUUGGGACAUGGGCCGGUAUACCAAUUUCCAGCUCCCGCAUCCAGACCACCCAGAAGAGCGGCACACGGAAUGCGUGUACACGAUACAAUACUCGGGCAAGUAUCUCGUGAGCGGCAGCAGAGACAAGACGAUCCGAAUCUGGGACCUUGAUACCCAGCGCCUUGUGCAUCCUCCGCUUCAGGAACAUACUGGCUCGGUACUCUGUCUCCAAUUUGACGAACGGCCCGAAGAAGAUAUAUUGAUAACCGCUGGAAGCGAUUGUCGAGUAAUUCUAUGGCAGUUUUCCACUGGAAAGCUCAUCAAAAAGAUAGACCAAGCACACUCGGAAUCGGUGCUCAACCUCCGAUUCGACGAUCGGUAUUUGGUUACGUGCUCCAAGGACAAAACCAUCAAGGUCUGGAAUCGAAAAGAGCUUUGGCCGACCGAUGAUGCCUACCCUUCAUCUACCACGAGAUCCAAGGCGCAAUUCCCGCCCUACAUAAUCAACAUGCAACAUAUCACCGAGACGUCCCACCUGCAUUUCAAACCACUGCAGCCCUACUCUCUGCUCAUGACCAUGGAAGGACACGGGGCUGCCGUUAAUGCUAUCCAAAUCUAUGACGGUCAAAUCGUGUCGGCUUCAGGUGACCGGAACGUCAAAGUGUGGGAUGUACGCACGGGUGUCUGUCUGAUGACUUUCCCCGGUCACACCAAGGGAAUCGCUUGUGUCCAGUUCGAUGGGCGGCGAAUCGUCAGCGGGAGCUCCGACGAGACAGUGCGGAUAUUCGAUAGAGCAACCGGUGCUGAGGUGGCGUGUUUGCAAGGUCACACCAACCUUGUGCGGACGGUGCAGGCGCAAUUUGGUGACCUUCCUGGUAACGAGGAUGAGCUGGAAGCCGAGGCGAGGGCUGUUGACCGCCGCUUUUUUGAAGCGAAGAUAAAGGGGCUUGUCCCCGAGAAUCUAACAAGGGAUCGGCGACGUGUGCGAAACGCAGGCUCUCGCGAUCCAAGGUCUAUUCUGGCAUACGGUGCGAAGCUGCCUCCUGGCGGUGGUGGAAGCAAGUGGGCUCGCAUCGUCUCGGGCUCCUACGAUGAGACCAUCAUCAUCUGGAAGAAGAACGCAGACGGAAUUUGGGAAAAAUCAAAGGUUCUCUACCAGAACGAGGCCGUCAGGGCAGCUGGUGGAGGCCGUCGGCGCGUCCCCCAAAACCGUAAUCAAGGAGGCGUGGCCCUCCAACCCAACGGAACUGCUGCAACGAACUUCCAGGCCCUUGCUCACCAGGCUCAGGCCCAGGCCCAGGCUGCACACAAUUUGGCACAGCAAGCUUCACUCUUGCAUGCUGCUGCUCAGACAGCUCAGGGUCAAGCCGGACAACACACUAACGCAGGUCCUACUACUCAGACUGGAGCUCCCGCAACGAUGACUGGCAACCCAGUCAACCCAAUCCCUCCUCUAGGACAGCAAGCACCUCAAGUACAACAACAGCCGCCACAGCCACCCAUUCCAGCGGCAGGCGCGGCCGCCCCAGUUCCCCAAGGCUUAACGCCCGGACAAGCCGCCGCUGCCGCAGCAGCCGCAGCAGGCCCACACCACCACCAUCACCAUCACCACCACGCGCACCACCUCAACCAGCUCAACCACCCGCCGACCAACUCGCGCGUGUUCAAACUGCAGUUCGAUGCGCGGAGGAUCAUCUGCUGCUCGCAGGAUCCGACGAUUGUGGGAUGGGAUUUUGCGAAUGGGGAUCGCGAUAUCAUCGUUGCGAGUCGGUUCUUUGGGGAGAGCGGGUAGAAGUCUAGGGAGGGAAUUCAGCGCAGGUGGGAAGGAAGGCGAUGGUGUUGGAGGAACAUUUGAGUUUCAGGGACUAUGAGGAUUGUUUGGGUUUAGGGUUACGUCAGUGGACCCUUUCAAUCUGCUGCGUUUUGCGAGCACCGACUUUUGAGCUCUUGGUUCAGAUGGGCAUUUUCAGGCGUUCUUGAGGAUCACCAGGAUGGAAGCGAUGGCGUUGGGGCAGCGAAGGGCAACAGUGCUAUUGAGGGCGGGAUGGAUCCGAGAUAUUGCUAUCGGCUAUCCAUUGAUGUAUCUGUCUUGUAUAGCCAUGAUAUGAUAUUGAUAGCGUCAUUUGGCUAACUUUCAUGCUGCGAUGAGUGGACGUCUUCAUAAACAUAAAUCAGAGUGCG